UCAUCGACUUCAAAGCCGCAGGUUCCCCGCGCGUGCCAGCUCAUGCCGUGCCGGCCGAGGGUGACAGCUUCCUAUUAAACACGUUGGCGCUGACUACGCCAUGGGGCUCAGCGACGCGGAAUGGCAGCUGGUGCUGAAUGCCUGGGGCAAGGUGGAGGCCGACAUCCCGGGCCACGGGCAAGCCGUCCUCAUCAGUCUCUUUAAGGGGCACCCCGAGACCCAGGAUAAGUUCGAAAAGCUCAAGAACCUGAAGUCGGAGGAUGAGAUGAAGGCCUCCGAGGACCUGAAGAAGCAGGGCGCCACCGUGCUCACGGCCCUGGGCGGCAUCCUCAAGAAGAAGGGGCAGCACGAGGCGGAGCUGAAGCCGCUGGCCGAGUCCCACGCCACCAAGCACAAGGUCCCGGUCGAGUACCUGGAGUUCAUCUCCAACUCCAUCAUCGAGGUUCUGAAGAGCAAGCUCGGCGGGGACUUCGGGGAUGAUGCCAAGGGCGCCAUGAAGAAGGCCCUGGAGCUGUUCCGGAACGACAUGGCUGCCAAGUACAAGGAGCUGGGGUUCCAGGGCUAAGCCCCCCGAAACCCCCACGUCAACCCCCACCCCCCU